CUCGCCAGCCGAGUUGACAGGUCAGGUGACCAUGGUAGCUGGGCAGCAUUUCAGUGUUGGCUACUUUACAACGUAAUUAUUACUUUACUGUGCGGCGCAUAUUUACAAGGAUUCAUUGAUCAAAUCAGCUGUUUUCGACACGGUAGUUGAUUAACCCGUUCGAGGAAUAGUGAAUGCAGAGAAAAAUGCAAGCUUCCAUUAAUAACGUAAUGCUUCUACGUUGCUUACUUUGGUUCCAUUCUUAAGUUUUUAAUUAACUACAAAGUAAACUGCGAGUACGAACGGCCAGGUGAACUGCCUAGCAAUUGGAAAACGGAGACAAAAUGCUGCAGCUCGGAGAUGAAACAACGCUGUUCUCGGUUGUUUUCGUGGUGGCUCUGCUUAGUACCAGGAGUCCGCUAUGGUCCUCUGUCCUCACCGCCUCGCUCUACAUCUUUCUGCUGAUGUUCCGGUUUCCCCAAGUCCCGUCUAGCCGUACAAGGCAGGUGCUGCGGCCAGCCAGGGGGACUGUUGGGUCCAGCGGGGUGUCGGUGGUCGCUCACCGGGGUGGUGGACAUGAAGCUCCUGAGAACACAAUUGCUGCCAUUCGCGAGGCCAGUAAGAAUGGGGCCACUGGGGUCGAGUUGGACCUGGAGUUUUCUGCCGACGGAGUUCCCAUUCUAAUGCACGAUGACACGGUGCUGCGGACCACCAACGGACAAGGGCCCCUCAACCAGCUGACCUUCUCCGAACUGAGGAAGCUGGACGCCUCCAUAAAGCACAGACUCAGUGACAGGUUUGCUGGAGAGAUGAUCCCUACUCUGCAGGAGGCCGUACUGGAAUGCAUCAAACUCCAGCUGACAAUCUACUUUGAUGUCAAAGGUCACCCCGACAAGUCGGCUGCUGCUCUGAAGGAGAUUUAUCAGAAAUAUCCAGUCCUCUACAACACCAGCAUUGUCUGCUCCUUCGAGCCCAAAGUCAUCUACAGGAUGAGGCAGGCUGACCAGGAAGUGGUCACAGCUUUGACCCACAGACCCUGGAGCCUGUCUCGACUCGGCGACGGCGAGCCACGGUUCUCGUCACUAUGGAAACACCAUUGGACCCAGCUAUUGGACGUGUUUCUGGACUGGGCCCAUCACCACCUGCUGUGGAAGCUUUGUGGAGUCUCUGCCUUCCUGGUGCAGAAGAACUUUGUUUCCUCGGACUAUGUGCAGUACUGGGCCCAGAGAGGAGUGGAGGUGGUGGCCUGGACUGUCAACACAGACGUGGAAAAGCAAUACUACCAGGAACAGCUUCAAGUCAGCUACAUCACGGAUAGUUUACUGGAGGACUGUGACCCCCACUACUGACCAUGGACUGUUAUACACACACACUUUGAAGAACCUCUACUGUUUAAAAUGCUUUUUGCAUUAGUCUUUUCUGAUCUCUCAUCUACUGAAUCAGUAAUGUCUGUGGAGUAAAUGAUUUAAAGCGACAAAAAAAACUAAUAAAAUAAAACAAUCGGA